AUGUACGCUGAAAGUUUCCAAGAAGAAUCUCCUCUACCUCUGAUAAGUACUUACACGGUGAUAAAAGAAACAGAUGUUGAAGAUAAAAGGGAAAUAGAAGAUCGUGUUAUAUUAGAAAUAGGACGACAGGAUGACAGGCAGAAGGAGGAAUCUCUGUUUUCCCAUAAGAAAUACGAUAAAACUACAUCACACCAUCGGUCUUACGUGUUAGAAGAUUAUGAACCUAGAAGAAUAACGUACUACAGACCUCAAGAGAUCGAGCAACCCCAUGAAGGUUCAAGGUACUAUGAUCACGAAGACUACAGGGACCUGUUAUCACAUGAUGCCACCAGCUCAAAGUCACCUUUGGAGUACUCGCAAGAAUCUCAAGAUACUGGCAAGUUUUCAGAUGAUCAGGACCACUUGUUGAAUUGGAAGGAGAGAGCGAUACAGUUGGAGAAAGAAUACAAAAAAUCGGCGUGUGACAGAGAAAGAACUCGUAUGAAGGAUAUGAAUAGAGCUUUCGACUUGCUGAGAUCCAAAUUACCAAUAACGAAGCCCUCCAAGAAAAAGUAUUCCAAGAUUGAAUGUCUCCGAAUAGCAAUUUGUUACAUUCGCCACUUGGAGUACAUGUUGGCGGGCGGCGCUGCCGAGGACAACACGUUCUUCGACGUCCACGACGCGGAAAGAAGGAGACCACAAAGAUUUUAA